GUGCUUUUCAUGUAUGUUUAUAUUUUAUGCGUGUUAAAUUUAUUGGAGUUUUUCGACAUACUGACAGAUUCAAUCAUUUUCUGUGAUUCAUUUCUUGGUUGUCGACUCUGCGUUGCAGAUAUUUGUGGCUGUAUUGAUCAUAGAUUAAUUUCGCCAAAAUGCUUAGGCACAUGUUGCAGCCGAUUAUUCGCAAUUUGGUCAAAAGCGGUACUCGUUCCGCCAGUUCACAUGCAGCAGUAGAUGUCAAAUUAGCGACAAUAAAUGACAUACCUCAAUCGUGUGGGUUGUGGAAAGAACACUACGAUGCAAGACAGAAGGUUUACAAUGCUCAGUUGAUCACAGGACUUGCUGUCCUAAUUGGUACCAUAACUUAUAUAAAAGUGUCAGGCGUUAUUUUCUUUAACUUUGGUCCACCUGAGGAACCUGCUGAAAACAAAUAAAUCUGCAGAAUAUUAGAUAACAAAUACAAAAGCAAUUUGGCUACAUAGCUAUGGAGAAUGUUAUGUGCAAGUUUACUUUAUUGUGUAAGUGUAAAUGUAACAAUAACUUGUACUCUCCUCAAUAAAUAGUUCAUAUUUAUGAA